GCACCAACACCGGUACUUAGGCGCGGACCGGCGUGUCCUUGGACUGAGAGAGCUGGACGUCCGGCUUGAGAGCGGGCAUCUUCUUUUCGCGCGCAACCAAAGAACGGUGAGCGCAAAGCGGGGAGGCCGAAGCGGGCGGGAAGCGCAGCCGUAGGAGCACGCAAUUGCGUUGAUUUAAAAAUGGGUGAUGUUGAGAAGGGCAAGAAGAUUUUUGUUCAGAAGUGUGCCCAGUGCCAUACUGUGGAAAAGGGAGGCAAGCACAAGACUGGGCCAAAUCUCCACGGUUUAUUUGGGCGAAAGACAGGCCAAGCCCCUGGGUUUUCUUACACGGAUGCCAACAAGAACAAAGGCAUCACCUGGGGAGAGGAGACACUGAUGGAGUAUUUGGAGAAUCCCAAGAAGUACAUCCCUGGAACAAAAAUGAUCUUCGCUGGCAUUAAGAAGGCAGGGGAAAGAGCAGACUUGAUAGCUUAUCUCAAAAAAGCUACUAAGGAGUAAUAGUUGGCUGUUGCCUUAUUUAUUACAAAACAAAAAUGUCUCAUGACUUUUUUUAUGUGUACCAUAUUUAAAUUGAUCACAUACACCAGAAUUCAGAUCAUGAAUGGCUGAUAGAAUAUUUCAUUUGAACAGUCCUGAUUUAAAUAAGAUUGGCUUGUGGUUAAAUGAAUAUGAUUCACUUUUUGACCUUUGAUAGUAAUUCUGGUUCAGCAAGUGCUGUCACUCUUUUCCCCUUUGAAUAUGAUUGGAAUUGAUUAGAUUGUUGAGCUUUUCACAGAGAUGGUAAAUGCCAUCUCUAAACUUACAGGAGAUUGGUUUUAUAUUUAGAUUUAUAUAACUGGUUAUAUUAAUAUAUUUAAAUACUGAGGAAAUCCCUUCACUGUAUCAGAACAGCAAGACUCAGCUGUGUUUCAAAAGUUGUGUUAGCCUGUUAAAGGCAAGGGCUGAAGAUAAGCUGGCAAUGUCCACUUUAUCUUUUUAGUCUUAACUAUGCCAAUUUAAUUAAAAUUCCCUGCAUUUAAAAUGUUGCCUUUUGCUUAAUGAAAGGCAUUUUAGUGUGGUUUAUGUAUAAUAUUAAAUAAACAAUAGUAACACUU